UCAUUCCUCAAUCGCCAUGCGCCUGUUCAGGUUGCUAGGCGACGCUCGGUCCUGGCUACGGUUUCGGCCUGAGACCCCGCUAAUCCCUGCCCUGUCGCGGUCUCUCCGCGCGGAGUCGGUGUCUCAGGAUGUGAUUUUGUUCCAGUACCACCGUCCCCGCUUUUUCCGCCUUCUCGGGCUGUUCUGCGGGGCUCAGGUCGGGUUCUGGGCCUACCUGGCACAUUUCGGGUUCACCGAGCUGAGAGACACCCGAGAGAAGAGUUCGGGGCAAGAGCAGGACGGGCAGAAGAGGAACUUAGGGUCUCCGCUAUGGAGGGCAGGGUUUACCUUUAGCUGCCUGACAGUGGGUGGACUUAUAAUGGCAGCCGGCUUGUUGUUUUCUCGGCGUUCUGUCAGUGCUGUCACCCUUCAUCGUGGAGGAGAGAAAGUAACCCUGGUCACUGCUGGUGUGUUUGGUCUUGGCUCAUCAUUUACUGUGCCUUUGCGUCACAUCUCUUCAAUGGCUCAUCGAUCUGAGGUCCCAGCUAUGAUACCGCUCAAGGUCAAGGGAAGGCCACUGUACUUCUUGCUGGACAAACAAGGACAAGUGUCCAAUGCCAAGCUGUUUGAUUUGACAGUAGGGGCCUACCGGAAAUUGUGACUUUUUGCACAAACUUAAUGUAUACAUGUUUAUGUAUCAGUUUACAGUAAAGAUAAUUUCUU